CACGAAACUAGUCCCAUGAUAUAACUCCUAUUAUCCAUCAACUAUUUUUAUCCUCUUUCUGUUCCUUCCUUCGUCUGCUUCUCUUUCCCACUCUUUCCUCCAAAAUUUCCUCAUUAUUUUUUUUUAAAAAAAUUCCCUCUUCUUAUGUAUAUAUAUUUAUAUAUAUAUAUAUAAACCAUGUUGAGUCCUCUAUUCUUCAUCAAUUCAUCCUCCUAUACACUAACAAAAUAUCAAUCUAUUUGUAUUAUUAAUUAACAAAAUGGCUGGAUUGGGACGUGACAUUGUGUUCGAGGAUUUCUUCCCAUCGAUGGUGGAGAAACUCGGUUCAGAAGGGUUCCUGAAGGAGCUACAGAAUGGUUUUCGAGUGCUGAUGGAUGAGGAGAGGGAGGUGAUCACGUUCGAUAGCUUGAAGAGGAAUUCAGCAUUGUUAGGGUUGGAAGGAAUGAGUGAUGAUGAACUAAUGUGCAUGUUGAGGGAAGGGGAUAUGGAUGGAGAUGGUUGCUUGAAUGAGAAGGAAUUUUGUGUGCUGAUGGUAAGGUUGAGCCCUGAUUUGAUGGACAAAUCAAGAAUGUGGUUGGCUCGGAGUGUUGAAAAUGUGUUUUAAUUUUGGACUAGGAGUAUUAUUGUUAGGCUAUGCUAGCUAGGCCCUAUUGUACUACUAUAAUGUUAUUUUUUCCCCUACGUGUCUGUCUCUAGUUUAUUACUGGAGUUGAUUGCUAUGGUUCUUUUGUUUUUUGUCAUCGUUAAUGUCUUUUCUUCAGAAUUCAAUGAAUUUUUGGUUGUUA